UCGUCAAUGAGAAAAGACUGUUGUAUCAGUAGGCGAAUAGUUAUUAGUUUGUUGACGAUAAUUCUUGAACAGCUUUGAAUUGACAUUGUUUGAAUUUAAGUGCGUAGUUUGGCAGUUUCUAAGAUGGAAUUGGACAACAUUUUCAAGAAAACGGUCACUCGUUAUGCAUCUUCCAUGGAAGACUUCAUCGAACAGGAAGAAGACACAGUUCUCGUCUCGAAGAGUUCCUUGGCUAUCAUCAGGUUGGAAAUAAUCCUCAUCAUAUGGGCACUCAGUAUAAUCGCAAACUCUUUCAUAAUCCACGCAAUAAGGAAAUGCAAAAUUUUGAAUACGUGGGAAAACAAUGUGAUUUAUCAUGUGAGCUGGUGUAACUUGAUGUUUUUUGUAUUGCAACCUACAAUUCAUAUUGUACUCUUGAAAACCCGGGCGUUUCAAUCUUUAUCUUGUUUUCUUACAGAUAUUCCUAACAGUUUGAUUGCUACAGGAAUGAUCGGUGUCAUAUUUCUACUAUCAGGUUGGAUUUUGAUAAAUUCUGAGUACGAAUCGUUUUCAAGAUACAGAGAUAACUUUAAAGCGAAUUGUAUCUUCACUAUGUACGUCUGUGGUACAAUUAUAUAUACAGCAACAUUUUUGAGUUGUCACUUUAGAACACUCAGAUUUCGUGUUAUAAUCUUUACUAUUGAUCUGAUAAUUUUUGCUGCGAUAUUUUUGAAUAUUCUGAGGUACUUCAUCGUCUCCUCAAACAUAAUCAAAGAGAGCAAAUAUGUUAUUUAUGUAACAAAUGCAGAAAUUUUAUCUGUCUCACCAUUGUUCAUAAGUGUACAUUUAUCUGAGAUUUUCAGCGAUUACCGUGCUUUGAAAGAGAUUUUGAUCUUUGCGAAAUUUUUAUCUGAAAUCUCAUUCAUAUCAAAUCCAAUUUUGAUUUAUUUUAUUUUAUUCAAGUAUAAUAAACAUUUCAAUCAAGUAUUCAGAGCAAUCUUCAGAUGUAAAAACAAACAGUUGGAACUACUAGAUGAGUUGCCACAUGAUAGGAACGAAACUAGUCGAGAAGAAAAACUGGUGGUUUUAAUCGACAAUUAGUACUUUCUGAAGAUAAAUGAGUCUUAUUGAAGUACAAUACUGUGUGCAUACAAAUAUUAUAUUUAUUGUUGAUAUGUAA